CAAACUCCCUGGUCAACACCUUUUAGUAAAGAAGUAUGAUUGCUAGCGACGUGGUUUCGCUAUAAUCAAAUAAUGUUUUAUUACUGAAUUAAAAUCAUCUAGAUAAGCGACAGGUAAAGUUAACGCUUGUGUUUUGUUGCUGGUCCUUUUUACGUGUUGUGGUAACGAGCCAAGCAAGCAAGCUACCUAAAGGCUACCUGAAAACGAGUGUAAACAACCGGCUAACAGUAGUUAGCUAACGUUACCUAACUUGUUUUGAUUUAGUUAGCUAACUACAGUAGCUAGUUGUAGUGCAAGCUAGUUUUAAUAAGGCUAUUGCUAUCUCUACUUAGUCGUUAGCUUGAUGACAAGCUACCUUGCUAGCCAAGUCAGUUUGCUAGCUGGUAACCCAAACAACGAGAUCUAAGCCAACGAUUAUAUAACUACGGUUUCCCCUUUCUGUGUCUAAACUAUGCCUGGGCUAGCUCUAAGACUCUAGACGGCAUUAGUUUUCAGCGAUUACCUUCGCCCACGACAGGCUCAUGUGAACUACAAUCCCGACGCGGUGUUUUAACGUUUAGAAACGUCAAUAAUCAUCACUUUCAAUAGGCUUUCGUAACAUAUGGCCCGUAUCUUUCAUGAGCGAGAAAGAAUCCUACAAAUAAAAAAUAUACACUUACUGUAGCAGUUUUGCACAGAUCCAUGUAGCUAUGGGUGCCUCCAUCUGAUCUGACGAAACUACACUUCCCGAGUUAGGCUUACACACAGGUGUUUGGAGCACCCUACAUAGCCAAUUAGCACAGCUGGUCUUCCUUUUAACAAGCGAUGUAACAUGGAGCUAUUGCUGUGUGGGAACACUAACCCUAUAAAGGUGUGUAGUAAUUUAACCUAUUGUUUUUUGAAAAUUAUUUAUCGCUGAUAUGAAAGAUAUGUUCCUUAUGUUUCCAAAAACAUUCUGCAAGCGAUGCUUGUUAAUGUUUUGACUAUCGUCUGGGCUCUUAACAAAACUACCCCGGUCCGAAGAUACUAUUGUCAAUAAGCGCCAAAGCAGUUAGCAUCUAUGAAUGGGCUAUGUAUGUCUGGGUUAGCUGGCUAACGUUACUCCACUCCUGUUGCUAUUAACGUUAGCCCAAUUGCUUAAUUUUGGUGACAACUUUGACUGGUGUCUUAAUUGACUUCUCACUGACUUGGAUUUAUAGAGACAAUGUCAAACAAAGAAGUGAAAUCGGCUCUAAAAAAUGCUAGAGAUGCCAUAAAGAACAAGGAAUUUAAAGAGGCUCUAAAACACUGCAAGGUAAGUCCUUGCCCAUUUCUCUAUGUUCUUACUACACACACUUAUAGUGUGAGGGGAAACUGGGUGAUAUGUAGGAUUUGCUGUUUUGAAAAAGUUAUUCUGUCAAAUAACUCAAACCAAUUCCCCCACCAGGCUGCCCUGAAGCUAGAGAAGAACAAUUACAAUGCCUGGGUGUUCAUUGGAGUGGCCGCGUGCGAGCUGGAGCAGCCAGACCAGGCCCAGACAGCCUACAGGAAGGCUCUGGAGCUCGAGCCAGAGCAGCUGCUGGCCUGGCAGGUACUGUGGAUACAUCACACCUAGAUCAACUGAACUAAUAUAGGCCCUCACUAGAUGUAGGCUUCUAGAUAGGACACACAAUUGAAGAGUGUCCCAAAAGUAGAGCUGUGACGAUAAACCAAAAAUUAUCGACAUUGACCAUACACAAUCUCUUAUCGUGGGCAUUUCACUGAUAUCGUUCAUAACGAUAAGUAGCCUAUACCAGAGAAAUGUGACGUUUGAAGUGAAAUACAUUUGCUAAUAUGGGUGAUUGUUAAUGAAAUUAAUAGUAGUAUAAAAAAUAAAUUUAAAAAAAGAAUGUAUGCACUCACUAACUGUAAGUCGCUCUGGAUAAGAGCGUCUGCUAAAUGACUAAAAUGUAAAUGUAGUAGUUUAAAACCAGUUAAAUGUAACGAAAUAUAAUCAAAUGUAAUACCCAAAAUUAAUUAUUUAUCAUGAGAGGGUCAUAAACAAUAACAAGUAAUGCUGCAUACUCAAAGGUUGAAAUCUCACCUUUCUGGUAAAAAUAGUUAUAAAUUGCUGAGGUGUAGUCACUUUUGAGAAAACAAGCUCAAAUACACGGUACAAAUAUGAAAUAUUUUAUAUGAUGUGUUUCCUAUUCAGUAAAACUGUAUGAAUAAGGAUUGAAAUGACACAUGCUUUCUAAAUAUAGUAUAAUCAAAUUAUAAAACUAACUAUAAGAUUUCACCUUCCUUGUAACUGUAAAAUACAUAUUUGUAUGUUUAGUGUUAGAAAAUGUGCAUAUUUUCUAAAGGUCUUUCUUGAUCAAAACGUCUGCCCCCAUCGCUGUGAAUGUCUCACAGAGCUCUAGCUUGGCUUCCUAAACUUGUUAGGAGCUUGCCUGUCAUCACAUAUUAAUAUUGUCUGUCUUUGCCAGUGUUUUGUUUAAAAACUAUUAAUUGUUUUAGAUUACUGCCUAUAAAUCGAUCUCUGAAUGUGCUACAGCCACAAAAACUAUCACUCCUGCUGCGCUAGGAUGUAAGGAGUCCAGUCAUAUGUUCUUAGUGGCUGUGAUGUAGGGUUCAGCUAGGAGUUGAUGAACUGUCAGAAGAGUGAAUGAAAUGGUAGGAGGGACAUCCCAGCUUCAAGUGGUGUCAGAUUUCACAUCCUGCUUCAUACAGGCAGAAGAGACAUACUCCUGUGUCCGUGAGAAUCAGGGCUACUGCUCAAUACAAGCCAUUUCGAUCUAUGGUGUCCUCAGAUCGAUUUAUAAGCGACAAUGUCGGUCGGAACCAGUACCAGAACCACGCAGAUCCCCAAAACAGGGGACUUUACAUCUAAGAGGAUUUAUAAAAGGAUAAUAAAUAAAUACAAAUGUGGUGCACAUUAAUGUUAUAAACUUAUCGUUAUCGCAACAAUUCAGGCGAUUUAUCUCGUUACGGAUUUUUAUUCCAUAUUGCCCAGCUCUACCCAAAAGUCACAUUAUCUACACAUUAUCCAUCUAUCUUACACAGAGUAUUCCAGAGCAGUGUUAUGGGGCAUGUCACUAUGUCAACAUGCUGACUAGAAUGUGACCUGUUAUUGUUGCUGUUUUAGGGAUUAGCAAACCUGUAUGAGAAAAGUGACCAGACGGAUUUCAAAGCGGAACUACCCAAAGUCUACCAGAAACUCAUUGAGCUUUAUGAAAGGUAAGACAUGAUAAUCUCUCGUACCUCUACUACAUUACAAAUUUCCACCCUGUGGUUAGCUCUUGGACUAUUGUGUUUAUCUGUGUCUUGUUCUGCAUACACAGUUCAGACAAAACAAAAUGUUAUGAGGUGAUCAGAAAACUGGCAGACAUCUACCAUACGGAGAAGGACUAUUUACAGGUAUGUAAAGAUAGUAGUUGCCCUUCAAAUGAAGGAGGAUAUAUGUUGAUUGUUGUCAUAGGGUGGAUGUGUAUGCGUUUAGGUGGCCAGGGUGUGGCGAAGGCUGAUUCAGCUGAAGGAAGGAGAAGGUGCUGACAAGGCAGAGCUGCUGCAGCUAUGUCAAAAUAUGACCUGCCUUCUCUCAGACAGCGUGGCAGAACAGGACAAUGAGACUCAGCAGCACGUAAGAGCAAUUAUAAUAUACACAAAUAAUCCCCUUGAUAAACAUUGUCUGGGUCGUUCCACCUCAAAAGCAAAAGAAAGAGGAUUACAACAGAAAACUAUAUAUUGUCUGACUGUUCUCUCUGCUACCGCACGCCAAGACCAAAAGGCUCCUUAACAGCUUCUACCCCCAAGCCAUAAGACUACUGAACAGUUAAUGAAAAGGCCACCCAGACUAUUUACAUUGACCCCCCCCAACCCCCCACACACAUUGCUGUUACUCACUGUUUAUUAUCUAUACAUAGUCACUUUAUCCCUACCUACAGUGCCUUGCAAAAGUAUUCAUCCCCCUAGGUGUUUUUCCUAUUUUGUUGCAUUACAACCUGUAAUUUAAAUUGAUUUUUCUUUGGAUUUCAUGUAAUGGACAUACACAAAAUAGUCGAAAUUGUUGAAGUGAAAUGACAAAAGAACUUGUUUCAAAAAAGUAAAACAAUUUUAUAACGGAGACUAAAAUUGAGCUUUUUGGCCAUCAAGGAAAACGCUAUGUCUGGCGCAAACCCAACACCUCAUCACCCCGAGAACGCCAUCCCCACAGUGAAGCAUGGUGGUGGUGGCAGCAUCAUGCUGUGGGAAUGUUUUUCAUCGGCAGGGACUGGGAAACUGGUCAGAAUUGAAGGAAUGAUGGAUGGCGCUAAAUACAGGGACAUUCUUGAGGGGAAACCUGUUUCAGUCUUCCAGAGAUUUGAGACUUGGACGGAGGUUCAUCAUCCAACAGGACAAUGACCCUAGGCAUACUGCUAAAGCAACACUCAAGUGGUUUAAGGGGAAACAUUUAAAUGUCUUGGAAUGGCCUAGUCAAAGCCCAGACCUCAAUCCAAUUGAGAAUUUGUGGUAUGACUUAAAGAUUGCUGUACACCAGCGGAACCCACCCAACUUGAAGGAGCUCGAGCAGUUUUGCCUUGAAGAAUGGGCAAAAAUCCCAGUGGCUAGAUGUGCCGAGCUUAUAGAGACACCCCAAGAGACUUGCAGCUGUAAUUGAUUUUUGGUCUUAUUUCUUGCCUCUUCAAAGUGGUAGGCAUGUUGUGUAAAUCAAAUUAUACAAACCCCCCAAAAAUCUAUUUUAAUUCCAGGUUGUAAAGCAACAAAAUAGGAAAAAUGACAAGGGGGGUGAAUACUUCCGCAAGCCACUGUACAUGUGCAAAUUACCUUGACAAACCUGUACCCCCGCACAUUGACUCUGUACCGUUACCCUCUGUAUAUAGCCUUGUUAUUAUUUUUUUGUGUUUUUAUUUUUUACUUUAUUUAGUAAAUAUUUUCUUAACUCUAUUUCUUGAACUGCAUUGUUGGUUAAGGGCUUGUAAGUAAGCAUUUCACGGUAAGGACUACACCUGUUGAAUUCGGCGCAUGUGACAAAAUGUUAUUUGAUAUUGUGUGUUUGGGAUUUUUACCAUUGAAGACCAUUAGAGACCAUACCAGGGGGACCUACAGGGGGUGUGUGGUGUACCAGUGUCUUGUGUUAUUGCUAGUCAUUGCGAAACGUUUUUCUCCCCUAUGCUUUGUGCUCAUUCCCACUGUUGAUGUUAUGUUUAUGUUCCCAGUUAAUUGCAGCCUUUGAGAAGGCCAUGGUUCUCUCUGACAAUGUGCCUGGCGAGGACCAUCGGAAGCUCUCAGCUGACUACCUCAAAUGCCUUUCACAAGUAAGUCCGCCCCUGUCUUUUGCACUCACUCAAUCUCUGACACACAGUUAUUAUGAGUGCUGGGACUCUGGGUUAGGACUAAGGCCGGCAUCUUGCGCUGUCAACUGACCAGAAAAAUGUUCCUCUCUCUAGCUUUCGCAUGAAGAGGGUAAAAUGAAAGAGGCCUGUGAGUCCAUGUUUGCCCUCUAUCCCUCACAAACAUUUCCAUUGGAGAUCCUCAGUGCACAUCAUCUCAAGUCAGGUAAGAAAUCACUGACUUAGCAAACUAUAGAUAAAGAACUGGUGCAGUCAUUGGCAGUGUAUAGUUUCACUUCAGGUAAAAUAAAAACAAAAGAUUGACCUUGCAGGACUGGGGCAGGUCAAGUGUACUAUUCAGUGAUUAGUAUGUAUUAUUUGAUUGAGCCUUUUGUCGUAUGGCCAAUGGGUCAAAGAAGUGACAGAUUGCGCCUUUUAAAUAGUCAGCGUGUGUGUAUUUGUCUCUUAGGGGUCUGCAGUGAGGAUGCAGGCCGCUGUUUCUCCCGUCUCUUGGAGUUGGACCCAGACAGUGGAUUAGGCCAGCUGGGCUUGGGCAUCAGAGCUCUGGAGGAGAGCAAAUGUGACGACGCCAUUAAGUACCUGGCCCAAGGUGAGCAGUGUGGGGGCUUUGGUUUGGCUGUUGGUCUGUGGUUUUCUCCACCACCUCACUGUCUGUUGUGCUCUCAGGACUGGAGCGAAUGCACUCCAGCUUGGUGGGCUGGUGCAGCCUUGCUCAGGCCCAGCUGAAAAUGCACAGAUAUUCCGACUGCGCAACAUCCUGCACCCAAGGUACAUCUAUCUAAAACAUCUGGCUGGUGUUUCAUAAUCCUAACCUAAACCUUUUCUCUGAAAACCCACCGUACUUUCCACAUAUCAGAGCUUGGCUAUGACCUAACUGUAAGCCUACUCAUCCUUGUUUGAAGGUUAUAGUGACUUGUCAAAGAUUGCCUCUAAGCUCGACCAGUUGAAGACCAUAUCACCCUUAAGUCAAAGAUGUGUAUUGAGAUGUGGCAUUCAGUGCGUUGACAGGCCUAGCUGUGUCCUUUCAGGGCUGAAGCUGGGUGGGGCUGGAGAAGAGGCACUUGGGCAAAAGCUCCUGAGGCUGAGACUAGAGGCCCUUGUGAGGACUGGGGAUGAACACACUGCAGACCAAGCCCUGGAGAUCCUUUCACAGGUACAGCAUUCAUACUCCACCGGCUGCUCCCCAACAUUUAAUUUACUGUCCCUUUAGUUGGUGUAGGCUCAGCACCGAUAUGCUCUAAUUUUCUACCAUUACUAUCUACUGAUAUGUAUGGGGAUUUGUUUGUUUGCUCAUCAAAAUAUAUAUUUAUUUAUAGCUUUCAGAUGCUAACAAUGACCCUGUCCUGGUAGCCUUAAAAGGAAGAGCGUAUUUGCAAAAAGGCCAAGUUGACCAAGUGCUCCAGGUAAGACACCUUCGCUUGUCAUCCUUCACAAUUCUUGGUUACGCUAACGUAUCUUAAGUACCUUCAGGUAAAUGGGUAUCAAAUAUUUUGUGCCUAUUUUGUUGAGUUCCCAUGUGCCUACUAAUCUCUGGCCUUGUACCCAACAGGUGUCCACGGAGCUGCUGGACUUUCACCCUGAUCUGGCCGAGGGACUGGUGCUGAGGGCACUAGUACACAUAGCACAGGGCCAGCACCAACUAGCAGAACAGAGGUGUGUCCAGGGACUGCAGUUGAAAGUCUGCCAGCUGGUUAAAACGGGCACUUUUACUAUAAUGUUCAAAGCAAAUGUUAUUGGUCACAUACAUGUGUCUAGCAGAUGUUAUUGGUCACAUACAUGUGUCUAGCAGAUGUUAUUGCGUGUGUAGCGAAAUGCUUGGUGUGUGUGUGUGUGCCCAUCCCCCAUUCAACACACUACUUCUGUAUUGAUAACUGUCUCUUUUACUACCGUUUUAAUCAACAACUCAUCACUGUUCCUAAGAGACUGUGUGACUGAACUAGACCAUGUAGUUAGAUCAACCUUCCUCUUGUCUUCUCCUGUCCCCGUUGUAGCCUCCUGCAGGCCACAGCCCAGAGCCCAGCCUGUGGAGAGUACUACUUCCUGUUGGGGCAGCUCUACUGGGACAUGGGGGAGGAGAGUCGCAGGGACAGGAGCAAGGCCCACACCCAUCUACUGAAGGUCAGUGUUGCCUGCAGGGCCUCUGCCUGGGAACACUGUGUAGAUGGAUAAUCAUACUAUGGAGAAUGCAUUAUGGUCACAUCCACACAUAAGCAACUCCCUGCCGUUUUUAAAUGCACACUCAUUGAUGAGAGGUUCCUGCACAUUGUUACUCGUAUGGCUUUUAAAUGUCAUAGGAUGAUCAAGAGGCUUUAACAGUGGGCGGGAUGGGCUGUGGGCACAUUGCUGGCUUUGGUAAAGUUAAACUACAGUGCUGCUCACAUCCAGCUGUACGGUAUGACAUUAGUUUGGUGAUUGGCUCACUGCCAUUACUGACAGCUGGUGUGUUUUGUGUCAGGCUGCCAAACUGGAUCCGUACCUGGGCUCGGUGUUCCGCUACCUGGGCCAUUACUACCGGGAGGUGGCCAGGGACCAGGGCCGAGCCAGGGGCUGCUACAAGAGAGCCUUUGAGCUGGACAGCAAAGACGCAGAGUCCGGGGCUGCCUCUGUGGAUCUGAGCAUGAAGGAGGGGGACAUGGUGAGUUGUCUGUUGAUCUGUGCUGGUCAUGGAGGGCUGUAGCCGAUAACAGCAGACUUUCCCCUGUGGAAGUGACUAGUAGUCCAUCCACCUGAUUUCAAUACAUUUUGAUAUAAUAUAAAUGUCACUUAGGCCUACCUAACUGUUUGAAUCAGUUGAUUUUGGGCCUGGCUGAAAUGUCUCGCUUGCUAGUAUAGACUAUGGACAUUAUAGUAUAAUCCAAUCUAUGCUGCUGUGUCAAGCGUCUGUCCCUGUUCCCUCUAUCUGCCUUCCCCAGGACACUGCCCUGGCUGUGCUCCAGUCAGUGAUCGAGAGAGCCACCCCUGGUUCAGCUAAGUGGGCCUGGAUGAGACGAGGCCUAUAUCACCUGAAGGUGGGCCAGCACCCCCAGGCCUGUGCAGAGUAAGUUCCCUGAGGCUACCACUCACUUGAACAGUCUGACACCACACACACACACACACACACUAACACACACACGCACUCAUUGAUGUGUUAUGUCAGUCUGCAGGCUGCUCUGAGGGCCGACCCCCAGGACUGGGUGUGCUGGGAAUGUCUGGGCGAGGCCUACCUGAACCGCCGGAGCUUCACGUCGGCCCUGAAGGCCUUUGCCAAGGCCCAGCUGCUCAACCCCUCCUCCAUUUACAGCCUCUACCAGACUGCUGCCAUCAAACAGACCCUGGGCAAGUUCAAAGAGGCUGCUGCAGAGUACCUGCAGAUCAUAGCCCAGGAGGACUACGUGCCUGCACUCAAAGGUAGGGGUGUGUCUGCGUGCACACGUGCGUGCCUACUGUCAUUUUUGGUGUCUAUUCCAGGGUGAUUUAUUGUUUUACACUCUUGCACCCUGACAGGACCUUAUUAUCUAAUUUUUGUUGCGACUGUGACAGUCUGACAGCGUACACUAAUUACAGUAUGUUCAGAAGCUCUGAAUGGACCAUGUUGGAGGAUGACCUUUCCUUGAAUCCCAGUCGUCACAUAUCACAAUGCUUGGGGCUGGUGGUAAUUUCCCUGUAUUGUGUGUGUGUCCCUGUGCUGCCCCCAGGCCUUGGGGAGUGUCUGCUUUCCUUGGCCAGAGGCCUGAUGGAGGACUAUAGAGAUGGUGGAGCCAUAGACCUCAUCCAGCAGGCCAUCCAGUACCUCUUCAGGUUAGACACUUCACUCAGUGCUCCCAGGAGCCCAGAGCGGCAGCUCAUUGAAUAGGAUUACUGGAACUCGCCAUCAGAGAGAAUUGGAAUUCAUUGGGUCCAUAAUCAAAUUACACUGUGCUAUCAAAGGGAAAUCGGCACUUUGCUUUCAAUUGGAAAUACAGAGCAAUUUGCUCAUGAGAAUAACUUGGGCUACCAGUAUUACGUUUGAUAAUGCCUUGUUGCUUUCGUGUAAUGUGAGGACUUUGAACCUACAUCAUUUCUCAAGUUGCUCAUGAACGAAAAGUCAAGGGCCUUAACACAUUAUUUGUUUUUCAUUACCGGUACUAAAAAUUAUUUUGCACUGAUAAAAUGUAUACAAAAACACACUUGACUGUACUUAACAUCCCCUUCCCCUGUGUCUGUCCAAUCCCAGGGCUGUAGAGCUCCGUCCAGACCUGUCCUGUCUGUGGAAGUUACUGGGAGAUGCCUGCACCUCAGUCAGCACUGUGGCCCCCAGCAGGGCCCGCGUUGUGGUGCCAGGCCUCCUGGCCCAGUUACAACCCCCAGACCAGGGCCACCUUCUCAACCAGGGACACAUCCUCCGAGUGGGGGAGAGGUGAGGCGCCAACACCGGCUAGUCACUAGUGUUAUGAUAGAAGCCACAUGAUUUGAAUACACAGGACAACACUAAUGGUCAAUGGAUACUGUGGAGGAGGCACCCGCCUGGGAACUCUCUAGUGAUAGGAUUAUUAGGUUUGGUCUGCACUGUAAGAUGAAUCAGGAGUCAAUGACACACAAUGAUUGUCUUUGUGUACAGAUGCUAUGGGCGUGCUCUGAAGCUGAUGCCUGAGAGCUCCAGCCUGUGGUAUGACCUGGGUCUCAACUACUACCACCAGGCCCGUCUGCCCCCCUGCCCUCAGGAGAUGGAGCACACCACCCUGCUGCUGCUGCUGGAGAAGGCCCUGCAGGUACACAUCUCACCUGGAUGGAUGGAUGGAUGGAUGGGGUAGAACACUCAUUUGUCUUGGGAGGAGGAGUUGGAAGAGAUGUAUUCAGCCCAAUUCUUGGAGUUCAACACGUUGCAUAGUUCACAUACAAUAUCAAUGUAAUGCAUUAAAUAUACUCUUUCUCUUCUCGUCAGUGUGUGAAGAAGGCCAUCAUGUUGAACAGUAGUAACCAUAGCUACUGGAACGCCCUGGGAGUGGUCGCCAUGAGCAAAGGUAGAAAGGUGUAGCCUGGGUACCAGCGUGUUUCUGCUAUCAUUCCACUUCUUGUCAUGUUUGGCAAUGACAUGGAGUACAAGGAGUGGAAUGUUGGACCCAAGUUUUACUUUUGUCUGGUUGAUGGGAGCCUUCGUUGGUGGUGGAGCUAUGGGAUGUUGUUGCCAUGUCUUUAGGUCUGUUUAUAACGUAUGAAUAGCUAAGUGUUUACUCUUCCUUUUCAGGAAUUGAGAACUAUGCCCUUGCCCAACACAGCUUCAUUAAGUCAGUGCAAGUGGAACCCAAUGUAAGUACAACACCUCACACAGUAUUGGGUACUCACUUUUCAUUGAAUCAUCUCUUAUGUCUUAGUCUGGGUACCAGUCUGUUUAGCUAUCAUUCCACUCCUUGUCAUGCUAAACAGACUGGCCUUUCUGCCAUCCUCAAAUAUGAACAUUCUAUCAUUAAUGAGCUUGAGGAGAACAGAGGCUUUGAUCCUGAUUCGAUAACCCUCACAACUACAGUUGAAGUCGGAAGUUUACAUACACUUAGGUUGGAGUCAUUAAAACUAGUUUUUCAACCACUCCACAAAUUUCUUGUUAACAAACUAUAGUUUUGGCAAGUCGGUUAGGACAUCUACUUUGUGCAUGACACCAGUAAUGUUUGCAACAAUUGUUUACAGACAGAAUAUUUCACUUAUAAUUCACUGUAUCACAAUUCCAGUGGGUCAGAAGUUUACAUACACUCAGUUGACUGUGCCUUUAAACAGCUUGGAAAAUUCCAGAAAAUGAUGUCAUGGCUUUAGAAGCUUCUGAUAGACUAAUUGACAUCAUUUGAGUCAAUUGGAGGUAUACCUGUUGAUGUAUUUCAAGGCCUACCUUCAAACUCGGUGCCUCUUUGCUUGACAUCAUGGGAAAAUCAAAAGAAAUCAGCCAAGACCUCAGAAAACAAAUUGUAGACCUCCACAAGUCUGGUUCAUCCUUGGGAGCAAUUUCCAAACACCUGAAGGUACCAUGUUCAUCUGUACAAACAAUAGUACGCAAGUAUUAUAUAUGCAACUGCACAUGGGGACAAAGAUCAUACUUUUGGGAGAACUGUCCUCUGGUCUGAUGAAACAAAAAUAGAACUGUUUGGCCAUAAUGACCAUCAUUAUGUUUGGAGGAAAAAGGGGGAAGCUUGCAAGCCGAAGAACACCCUCCCAACCGUGAAGCACGGGGUGGCAGCAUCAUGCUGUGGGGGUGCUUUGCUGCAGGAGGGACUGGUGCACUUCACAAAAUAGAUGGCAUCAUGAGGAAGGAAAAUGAUGUGGAUAUAUUGAAGCAACAUCUCAAGACAUCAGUCAGGAAGUUAAAGCUUGGUCACAAAUGGGUCUUCCAAAUGGACAAUGACUCCAAGCAUACUUCCAAAGUUGUGGCAAAAUGGCUUAAGGACAACAAAGUCAAGGUAUUGGAGUGGCCAUCACAAAGCCCUGACAUCAAUCCUAUAGAACAUUUGCUGGCAGAAAUGAAAAAGCGUGUGCGAGCAAGGAAGCCUACAAACCUGACUCAGUUACACCAGCUCUGUCAGGAGGAAUGGGCCAAAAUUCACCCAACUUAUUGUGGGAAGCUUGUGGAAGGCUACCAGAAACGUUUGACCCAAGUUAAUCAAUUUAAAGGCAAUGCUACCAAAUACUAAUUGAGUGUAUGUAAACUUCUGACACACUGGGAAUGCGAUGAAAGAAAUAAAAGCUGAAAUAAAUAAUUCUCUAUUAUUAUGACAUUUCACAUUCUUAAAAUAAAGUGGUGAUCCUAACUGACCUAAGACAGGGAAUAUUUACUAGGAUUAAAUGUCAGGAAUUGUGAAACUGAGUUUAAAUGUAUUUGGCUAAGGUGUAUGUAAACUUCCGACUUCAACUGUAUCAUCCAAUCACAACGAUUAUGCAAAUAUUGGAACUAUAUCACUUUUUUUUCCUCCACAGCACACGUUGGUAUCUUUUUUUGUUUGUUGUCCAGAUGAAACCAGUCUGUCAAAAGCUGCUAGCUCAUGUCAAAAUUCUCAAAGUUAAUCCAUACUGCAAUUCCAACCACAAAAUGUCUCUGCUUUAAUUUUAAGCCUAAACAUGCAACAGCUUGCCUAGCUAACAGCUAAAUGUUUUUUACUUUGUUAGAAUUCUAUCUUCCAGACUCCCCAUGUUGUCAUGGAAUUAUUUAUGUUAUGUUUAACAACCAAUCAGCUACUCCACCAUAAAUCCAGCUGCAUAUUGAAUGUUGAGAUUGCCGGAAGGCCAGUCUCUUUGGCAAUGACACGGAGUACAAGGAGUGGAAUGUUAGCUAAACAGACUGGUCCCCAGGCUAGUUAUGUGGAUGUGUUUUAAAAAGAAAUGUCCUCCCAAUCUAGAAUGUUGUUGCUUGGACAAACCUGGGUGCUUUGUAUCUGAAGAAGGACAAUGUUGAGGUAUGUGUCUUCUAGACUGUCAAUUCCUAUGUCUAUAUUCUGUCUGUAUAGUCUGUAUUACUGUCAGGUCCAUUGUACUAGGAAUGUCUCAUUGUAAAUGUACUUGAUUCUGAUUCUAUCUACGGAUGUUUAUUGAAAGCAUCAACUUGUAUAGUGUGUUAUUGUAUUAGUCACUUCAUUCCCCUGUUAGUUAACAAUCCUGCUCCAUUGCUUUCCCAGCUCUCCCAUGAAGCCUUUAAGAUUGCCCAGUCUUUGGAACCGCUGUAUGUCGGCUGCUGGAUUGGACAGGUAUCUAGUGACAUGCCUGCAAGGCACCAGAGACCCUAACCAUGCAAGCCAGUGUUGCUCAAUGUUAUACAGACAAGUUCUAACCUCCUUCUAUCCCCCACUUUUUCUUUUUCUCCUCUUGUCUAUCACUAUUUAUCCUCUUGUUCCCCAUAUCCCGUUUUCUACUUGUAUCUUCCAGGCCCUCAUUGCAGAGAUGGUGGGCAGUUAUGAUACCAUGGACCUGUUCAGACACACCACAGAGCUCAGUACACACGUAUGUCAAUUCAUUCCCUUAUUUAGGCUACUGUUGGUGGUCCUCAGCUGAGACCUAUUGGAAUGAUGAGAAUGUAUGAUGAUAUAGUAUCUCAUUGUCCACUAUUCUGUUAUCCUGUCUCCUGUUUAUUCUCUCCUUCUCUCGCUCUCCUGCUCUCUCUCUCUCUUCCUCUUCCCCUCCCCCCCACACACACACACACACACACACACACCCCUAGACGGAGGGGGUAAAGGGCUAUGCCUAUUGGGUUUGUGCCACUCUGCUGGAUAAGAGUAACAGGGACUCUGAGCUCUAUCGCUACAACAUCGUCCAGAUGAAUGCAGUGUCUGCCGCUCAGGUGGCUUUGAGCAAGUACACAGGUGUGUGGUUGAGUCAUCCAUCAAACUUUCGUACAACGGCCUUUUAUGCUAUAAUUGGCUAAACAAGAGAUUGUUGUACCUUGUUGUAUCUUCUGUCUUUGAUUGUCAAAUUUAGAAAUGAGCGCUAAGAGCCUAAAGGGAAAUGUCUUCUGAAAUAGUUAGUUUCUUUCUGUCUUGUCAGAGCGGAUCCAGACAGACCCUGAUGCCUUCGUCAUGCUGGGUUUCCUCAACGAGCACCUGCAGCUAAAGAAGCAGGCAGUGCUGGCCUACCAGAGGUGUGUCUGUCUUUGUCUGUCUGGUUAUGGAGUGUGUGUGUGACUGUGUGCCUGUACUUGCUAUUUAAAUGAAAGGUUAAAUAGAAAAUUAAUCUCUUGAAUAGGAAAUUAAUCUCUUGUUUUUCAUGAAGUAAUUCACUAAUGCCAUAUGUUUGGACUUCCUCUUCUCCUCAGAGCUGUGGAGCUGCUGCAGGCGAUGCCUUCCGUGGAGUUACUGGCCUUCUCCCUGGGAAGCUAUGGCCGGGCCCUCUGGUACCACAACAAUUUGUCCUUGAUACAGACAUUCCAAAAUGAUUGACAGAUCUCAGAAAACAGGCUUUGGUCAGUUUCGUAGUAUAAGUGUGGUGUUUCUUCCCCACAGCAACACAGGCCAGUGGGAGGAGGCAGUGCAUGCUUACUCCUCCACAUCUCUAGAGGAGCUCCACGACCUGGCAGGCCUGGCGCUGGUCUACUGCAGAGCAGGACUCAUCCCAGAGAGCAUCAGUGGUGAGUGGCUCAUUCAGUGUGUGUGAGUGGGCAUGCGCAAGUUUGUGUUUCUUUGUGUGAUUAUAUGUUUGGAUGCCUUUCAACGUUGCCCUGUCCCCUCUGUCUCCUAGCCUAUGAGAAGGCUCUGAUGGUGGCCUCCAGUGAGAAAGAGAAGGCCUACAUUCUGACUUCUCUGGCUCUGCUGCAGCACAGACUGGGGAACAUGGACUCCGCUAAAACACUGCUCUUCAAAUGGUCAGUUCCCCCUGACACUCCACUGCUUCAACACGUCUCCCUUCACACAUUGAAUGAAGACCUAAAUGACUAAACCUACGGUGUGUGUGUGCGCAUCUGUCUCUUUGCAUCUGUGUGUGUCCAUAGCUCCAUGCUGAAGGAACCUGUGCCAGAGUCUCUGCUGUGCCUGUGUGCUCUGGGGCUAGUCCAUGGGGACAGCACGCUGGCCAGCGCGGCCCUCACUGAGCUGCUGAAGCAGGGCAGGGCCACUGGGGCUGCCGUGGAGCAACGCUGCCUGCUCACCUGCACCCUGCUGGCUCUGCAGGGCAACCACAGCGCUGUGCAGCGAGAGGCCUCCAGGGCCGUCCACAGGUACAACAUCUCAGCAGACAAACACACCGAACACCACUGCCAAGGGUGUAGUCAAUAGUCCAAAGGAAAACGUUUUGCAACGAAAAUUAGUUUCAUAUUGGACCAAACACUAGGUAGGUCCAGGUAGUUACCUCCCCGUUUCAGCCCGUUUGGCUCCAUUUGGUUCAUAGUGUGUGCACCCCAAAUCUCAAUAUCGACCCAUAACCCCUGCCUGUACUACACACCUAUUCCACCCCCCUUCCCUUGAGUAGCAUCAUGGUCCCUUUCUUAUAGUUUAGGAUUAAAGAAAGAGCUAGAAUGUCUUCCGUAUGAGUAGGUAUGUAGAUACAGGUAAUUACACAUGUUUUCUUGUUGUGUUGGUGCAGUAACCCUGGGAAUCCUUCCCUGUGGGCCCUGCUCUCCAGACUGGUGCCACAGUAUUACCCCAGGAAGGCCAACGUAUGUCACCUCAGCCAUACAUACAUACAUACAUACAUACAUACAUACAGUGGGGAGAACAAGUAUUUGAUACACUGCUGAUUUUGCAGGUUUUCCUACUUACAAAGCAUGUAGAGGUCUGUAAUUUUUAUCAUAGGUACACUUCAACUGUGAGAGACGGAAUCUAAAACAAAAAUCCAGAAAAUCACAUUGUAUGAUUUUUAAGUAAUUAAUUUGCAUUUUAUUGCAUGACAUAAGUAUUUGAUCACCUACCAACCAGUAAGAAUUCCGGCUCUCACAGACAUGUUAGUUUUUCUUUAAGAAGCCCUCCUGUUCUCCACUCAUUACCUGUAUUAACUGCACCUGUUUGAACUCGUUACCUGUAUAAAAUACACCUGUCCACACACUCAAUCAAACAGACUCCAACCUCUCCACAAUGGCCAAGACCAGAGAGCUGUGUAAGGACAUCAGGGAUAAAAUUGUAGACCUGCACAAGGCUGAGAUGGGCUACAGGACAAUAGGCAAGCCGCUUGGUGAGAAGGCAACAACUGUUGGCGCAAUUAUUAGAAAAUGGAAGAAGUUCAAGAUGACGGUCAAUCACCCUCGGUCUGGGGCUCCAUGCAAGAUCUCACCUCGUGGGGCAUCAAUGAUCAUGAGGAAGGUGAGGGAUCAGCCCAGAACUACACGGCAGGACAUGGUCAAUGACCUGAAGAGAGCUGGGACCACGGUCUCAAAGAAAACCAUUAGUAACACACUACGCCGUCAUGGAUUAAAAUCCUGCAGCGCAUGCAAGGUCCCCCUGCUCAAGCCAGCGCAUAUCCAGUCCCGUCUGAAGUUUGCCAAUGACCAUCUGGAUGAUCCAGAGCAGGAGUGGGAGAAGGUCAUGUGGUCUGAUGAGACAAAAAUAUAACUUUUUGGUCUAAACUCCACUCGCUGUGUUUGGAGGAAGAAGAAGGAUGAGUACAACCCCAAGAACACCAUCCCAACCGUGAAGCAUGGAGGUGGAAACAUCAUUCUUUGGGGAUGCUUUUCUGCAAAGUGGACAGGACGACUGCACCGUAUUGAGGGGAGGAUGGAUGGGGCCAUGUAUCGCGAGAUCUUGGCCAACAACCUCCUUCCCUCAGUAAGAGCAUUGAAGAUGGGUCGUGGCUGGGUCUUCCAGCAUGACAACGACCCAAAACACACAGCCAGGGCAACUAAGGAGUGGCUCCGUAAGAAGCAUCUCAAGGUCCUGGAGUGGCCUAGACAGUCUCCAGACCUGAACCCAAUAGAAAAUCUUUGGAGGGAGCUGAAAGUCCGUAUUGCCCAGCGACAGCCCCGAAACCUGAAGGAUCUGGAGAAGGUCUGUAUGGAGGAGUGGGCCAAAAUCCCUGCUGCAGUGUGUGCAAACCUGGUCAAGACCUACAGGAAAUGUAUGAUCUCUGUAAUUGCAAACAAAGGUUUCUGUACCAAAUAUUAAGUUCUGCUUUUCUGAUGUAUCAAAUACUUAUGUCAUGCAAUAAAAUACAAAUUAAUUACUUAAAACUCAUACAAUGUGAUUUUCUGGUUGAAGUCUCUCACAGUUGAAGUGUACCUAUGAUAAAAAUUACAGACCUCUACAUGCUUUGUAAGUAGGAAAACCUGCAAAAUCGGCAGUGUAUCAAAUACUUGUUCUCCCCACUGUACAUACAUACAGUUGAAGUCGGAAGUUUACAUACACCUUAGCCAAAUACAUUUAAACUCAGUUUUUCACAAUUCCUGACAUUUUAAUCCUAGUAAAAAUUCCCUGUUUUAGGUCAGUUAGGAUCACCACUUUAUUUUAAGAAUGUGAAAUGUCAGAAUAAUAGUAGAGAGAAUGAUUUCUUUCAGCUUUUAUUUCUUUCAUCACAUUCCCAGUGUGUCAGAAGUUUACAUACACUCAAUUAGUAUUUGGUAGCAUUGCCUUUAAAUUGUUAACUUGGGUCAAACGUUUUGGGUAGCCUUCCACAAGCUUCCCACAAUAAGUUGGGUGAAUUUUGGCCCAUUCCUCCUGACCCAUUUGCGACCAAGCUUUAACUUCCUGACUGAUGUCUUGAGAUGUUGGUUCAAUAUAUCCACAUAAUUUUCCUUCCUCAUGAUGCCAUCUAUUUUGUGAAGUGCACCAGUCCCUCCUGCAGCAAAGAACCCCCACAGCAUGACGCUGCCACCCCCGUGCUUCACGGUUGGGAUGGUGUUCUUCAGCUUGCAAGCUGCCCCCUUUUUCCUCCAAACAUAACGAUGGUCAUUAUGGCCAAACAGUUCUAUUUUUGUUUCAUCAGACCAGAGGACAUUUCUCACAAAAGUACGAUCUUUGUCCCCAUGUGCAGUUGCAAACCGUAGGCUGGCUUUUUUUUAUGGCGGUUUUGGAGCAGUGGCUUCUUCCUUGCUGAGCGGCCUUUCAGGUUAUGUCGAUAUAGGACUUGUUUUACUGUGUAUAAAGAUACUUUUGUACCGGUUUCCUCCAGAAUCUUCACAAGGUCCUUUGCUGCUGUUCUGGGAUUGAUUUGCACUUUUCGCACCAAAGUACGUUCAUCUCUAGGAGACGGAACGAGUCUCCUUCCUGAGCGCUAUGACGGCUGCGUGGUCCCAUGGUGUUUAUACUUGCGUACGAUUGUUUGUACAGAUGAACGAGGUACCUUCAGGUGUUUGGAAAUUGCUCCCAAGGAUUUAUUUUCUGAGGUCUUGGCUGAUUUCUUUUGAUUUUCCCAUGAUGUCAAGGAAAUAGGCACUGAGUUUGAAGGUAGGCCUUGAAAUACAUCCACAGGUACACCUCCAAUUGACUCAAAUGAUGUCAAUUAGCCUAUCAGAAGCUUUUAAAGCCAUGACAUCAUUUUCUGGAAUUUUCCAAGCUGUUUAAAGGUACAGUCAACUUAGUGUAUGUAAACUUCUGACCCACUGGAAUUGUGAUACAGUGAAAUAUUCUGUCUGUAAACAAUUGUUGGAAACAUUACUUGUGUCAUGCACAAAGUAGAUGUCCUAACCGACUUGCCAAAACUAUAGUUUGUUAACAAGACAUUUGUGUAGUGGUUGAAAAACGAGCUUUAAUGACUCCAACCUAAGUGUAUGUAAACUUCCGACCUUAACUGUACAUACAUGCACACACUGAGCUGGUACUUGAUCAGCUUGUGUUGUGUGCUCCAGGGAGGUGCGGUGGCAGGCCACGUGGCGUGUCUCGCCAGCAUGACCCAAGGGAAGGUACGUAUGCACUCUUAACCCCACAUCUCAACCCUACCCCUCGUCUCUACCUGACACCCCCCAAAUGUCACUACUGAUCCUCUCUGUAAUGUUUGGUCGCCUCCCUCUCACUGUGUCUAUUCUGUCUCUGUGUGUUUGCUGCCUGCCGCUACCUGUGUGUGGCUGCAGAGGGCACUGCUGUACAGUGGAGUGAACCAGCUGGCGUGUGGCAGACACUCUGGAGAAGACCGCAGCAGGAACGCCCUGAAGACCAUGCAGAGGGCUGUGCUGCUCUGCCCCGGUAAGACCACACACACAGCCUUUUCCAACAUAAACAUCGACACACAAAGCCUCAAUCCCUUUAAAACUGUGUAUGGACUCCCUGAUGUAACGUGUUCCUCUCCUCUCCCCGUCUGUGUCAGAUGACCCGGCGGCAUGGGCGGGGCUAAUGGCUGCUUGUCACACUGAGAACACAGCCUGCUCCCUCUCUGGCUCCACCCCUGCCAGACGAGGCUUGGAGCAGGUGCUCAUGGCUGUGGUGUCAGAGAAAGGUAGGUCAGCACUGGUCUGAGGUGUUUGUGGCUAUGUGGACAUGUGCAGCAAAGACAUGGGCCUUUGUAACAUUGUUUUAGUUUUGGACCAAUUCAAAUGUGAUUCUCUCUCUCUCUCUCUCUCUCUCUCUCUCUCUCGUGUGCAGUGCGGAAUGUGGAGGAGGUGGAGCAGCCUCUGGCCCAGGCUCUGGAGGGUUGGGUGCUGCAGCAGGCUGUGACAGGACUGACAGGUGGAGGCCAGCUAGAGCAGGCUGAGGCCCUCUGCUCUCAGGUAACCCCCCCCCCCCCCCCACACACACACGGUCAAAACCCACACACACACCCUGUACGCGCAACAGUCAUACGUCCCCUAUACGCUCAGCACUUCCAAACCACAUCCGUCAUACAUCUCUCUCAGAGCUCUUGAAUCUAAUUUGAAAGUGAUGGCGUUUUCAUGUUUGAUCUCCUGAAGACUCUCCUGCAAUUCUCCCCAUCUGGCCCAUGUCGUUUGGAAAUGCGCUUCAUGGUCCACAAUUCUGAAGUGUCAUCCUCUAAACCCGUCUCUCCUCCCUCUCCCCCCCUCCUCCCAGGUCCUGAGUGUGUCUCCUGAGCACCCCGCUGUAGUCCUGCUGUUGAGGCAGGUGCAGUGUGAACACCUCCUGCUGUCCAGCGCCGGUACUGCCCUGCCAGCUUCUGUCCUGGAGCAGCUCAGCAGUGCUGUCCUAGCCAAUCACACCUCAGUGGCCGCCUGGCACGUGAGUCACACACUGCCGACUGGGGGGGGAGUGGACACAUGCACAUAGGUGUACAUGGAAGAUAUUGGCCUGGAUGUCUGUAAAGUAUUGUAUGUUCACAGCCUUCUUCCCUCACUUGUCUCUCCCCGUCCCCUCCUCUCUCAGUGGCUGGCGGAGGUGUAUCGUACCCAGGGUCUGCUGGUACAGGCAGUAAUGGCAUACAGACAAAGCCUGCAGCUGGCCUCCCAGCUUGGCCUCCACAGUGGAAAAAUGGCCUGUCUUCUGCGCCUAGCCCUGCUGGCCCUCAGCCCCUGCAUGGUGAGUCUCCCUCUGGGCCGAGCCCUGCUGGGCAUGGUGAGUCUCCCUCUGGGCCGAGCCCUGCUGGACAUGGUGAGUCUCCCUCUGGGCCGAGCCCUGCUGGGCAUGGUGAGUCUCCCUCUGGGCCGAGCCCUGCUGGCAUGGUGAGUUCCCUGGGCCGAGCCCUGCUGGGCAUGGUGAGUCUCCCUCUGGGCCGAGCCCUGCUGGGCAUGGUGAGUCUCCCUCUGGGCCGAGCCCUGCUGGGCAUGGUGAGUCUCCCUCUGGGCCGAGCCCUGCUGGGCAUGGUGAGUCUCCCUCUGGCCCGAGCCCUGCUGGGCAUGGUGAGUCUCCCUCUGGGCCGAGCCCUGCUGGGCAUGGUGAGUCUCCCUCUGGGCCGAGCCCUGCUGGGCAUGGUGAGUCUCCCUCUGGGCCGAGCCCUGCUGGGCAUGGUGAGUCUCCUUUUGUGCUACACUGACAACACCAAGACCUUGGGGCAAGGGGGAACAAUUGAUUCAACAUGGUGGUGUCUUACUGUAAUAUUUAAUACUGAACUUUUUAAUAAGUUUCUGGAAUACCAUGGAAUGUUACAUAUCAAGGAGCAAUACGGUUAUUUACACAUCCAUGACAAGUCAAGAAUGCGGCGUUUGUUUGUAUUCCAGGAAAUUGUACCAGUGAUCCUUGACAUAUGAACCCUUUGUCCUAAAAAAAAAAGUCUGAAAUGUGGUUGAACCAAGGGUGCUGGUGUAUUGAGUCAAUUGCUAACAGUAAACAUGCAUUGUACACAGCUGGUUAUAUAAAAAAGACACUCACACAGAGGCCCAUUCCCGAAAUACAGAGACAGACAACAGAACACACACAUAUGGCAGGUUAGUGAGGGAUGACACACACACACAAUGAUGGGACCACUGAUCAAGGCCAGGUGGAAAUGCAAACAGCACCAAGGGAAUUCAUUGUCAGGUUACAGUAACUGCUUUUAUACAGCUCCCCCAUCCCUUUCAACAGCCCCAGUGUAUGUACAGCUCUAAAAAGGGAGGUUUGGGUUAUGCAUCAGACUCGGGCUGUGAGCAUAGCCGUGGGAAGUAGGGGUGCUGAUGGUGCUGCAGCACGUUUCUCUUCCUGUGAGGUGGUAAUGAUCUGUCUCUCAGCACCUGCUGGGUUCCCCUCUCUUAGCCUGAGCCCACAUUAAUGGCAGACAUGGUACAAAAUACAAAGCCUUCCAGAUCAGACAAUUCUUUGAUUAAACAGUGGAACAUUGCAUUGUCUUUUUCAUCAAUGUAGUUACUGCUAUAAAGCUUCAAGGGACAUUCACCUUCUGCUCACCUAUAUGGAGGUAUGAAAUGUUUAGAGUUAUUUUUCUGUGUGUGUCAGGCGAAAGUCCCUGGUGAUGAAUGGAAGGAGCUGGUUCUGGAGGCGACCACCGAGGCUCUGAAGCUGGGCCCCUCCCCUGUAGCCCUCCUCGUCCAGGCACUGCUACACUUCUCCACCAAGAUGGCCGCCAGGUGGGCACCCUGCUACGCUCAUCAGAGUGGCUGGCGAUGUCCCAAUUUAUCUCUCCUUCCUCCCAAAGUGUGGACUUAUUCACUUCCUUACCAGUAGCUUCCUUUCAAGUUAGGAAUCAGAAAUAUGGUGAAAACUCCCACUAGCCAAUGUCUCCACCAAGCCAAUGCUUUUAGAUGUAUGGGAAGUAGUGAAUGAGUGUACACUUCAAGAUAAAGGAGAUAUUAUUGGGAUGCACCCUUAAUCUCCAUUUCACACUCGCCCCUCACCAUGACCGCAAAUCUUCAACUAAUGUGUUCAACAGUACAGUUGAUAUGAAUGAUGCCAUUACCGGACAGCUUAUACUCGUGUAAUACAACUUCAUAACACAUUCACAAUAAGUAAAAGCCCUUGCACAUUCAGUGCAAACAACUCUCUCCUGUCGUCUGAGUCGGAUUGCUCUGAUUGUUGUUGUCGUCCAGGGAGACGAGGCGUCUGUUGGAGAGGCUGGUGUACGCCCCCUCCCAUGGUUACCCGGAGACGGUGGCGUGUGUGGCCCGCUGGUACCUCCUACGCCACCUGCACGCCAAAGAUGACCUGGAGCUGAUGGACGUGAGUACAGAAUUAACCAAUUACAGCGAAGAGAUUUCUAAGAAGUAUUCAUGUGUGAUUGGUUUAAAAAGACUAACUUGACAGUAUUUGUGGGUAAAAUGAGAUGCAAUAUUUAUUACAGGAGAAGGUAGUAUAUUUACUGUGUAUUGAUUGCUUGGGCUGUCUAAGCAGGGCGCACAGUUGAGGCCAGGUGUACUGUUUCAAUAAGAAAGGAGCAGGCCAGCCAGGUGGGAUGCACUGAGGUAGCAGCAGUUAGCUAGGGACUGCCAAUCAGCAGUUUUUAACUUUGUGUGCGUCUCUGUCUGUGUGUGUCUUUAGACCCUGGUGGAUCAAGCCAAAGCCUGUGGAGACGGCAGACUGCUGGAGUUCCACACACUGCUCACCUCUGGCUGAAUGACUGACUACCAGGGGACAGCACCGCUCCAUCCACAGCCAGCCACUCACUCAGCAAACAAUGCAUGACCUGAAGUCAACAAUGUAUCUCCUUCACUGCCUGACUCCUGUGCUGUCUCUCCCUUUCACAAUCAUGUCAAAUGUUUACAGUACUUAUGGUAUUUGUAUGCAGUGGAUUAGUUUAGGCGAUCAGUUCUUACUAUGGGACAUUGGAAUGAUGUUGGGAUUUGGGAAUAACACCCACAGGAGGCACUGAGGGUCAAAACACUAGCCUCUGAAGAUGGUAUCUUAACUUUUUGAACAGCACGGCAGGAUGUAGAGGAGUGGUCAUAUCAUGCAUAGGGUAUGUUGUCGUCUAUGUACGAUCGUAUGCAUGAAUGAGAUGACCACUCUAUCCUGCUAUGCUGUUCAAAGGGUAUGCUUUAUGUAAGUAGAAGGGAAGGUAGUGGUAAGCAGUGAACACAUCCCCUAAAACAUGUUCCUGUCACAAUGUUUAGUGUUCCUAUUCAGCAGCUUAACUUCAAAUCCUCAGAGGUGCAUUCUGUAGCUUUAAGUUCAUUUCCCCAGUGGCAACUCACAGUACUACAAACGCAUUCAGCCAAAAACAAAUGGAUACAUUUGGACACACCCAAACCGACACCUUCAGAUUCAGCACUUUUGACCGGAAAAAAAUAACUCUUCCAAAACAUAUGUAUUGUCUUUAGACAGCUUCUGGUGAAUGUUCACUAGUAAACCCAUAUUUAACUGACCAGUUACUAAAUGCCUUGACUGAUACUUGUGAUAUUGACAGACAAACAAGGUCAUGUUUCAAUUCUGUAGUUGACUAAUUCAGAAUGUAAACUUUGGCAUUUUGUUAUUGCACUAUGCUGUUUAUCAUGUAGAAAAGUGCCUUCCUCAGAGCAUGAUCUAUAUUAACAUAUCUGCUUUUGGGUGUUGCCUUAAAGACAAAAUAUGUAUUACUUAAUUACAUUUUUAAUUUGCUCUCAAACCCAACCCACUGGUGCGGAAGGCCACCCAUAUAUAUGCUCUAAGCCUGCCCAUGAGUCAGGACUGAAGAGUAAAGAUGGCUGAAAUCACAUCACACACCACUGGGUCCCAAACUCCUUAGAUUCCAGUGUAGUUUGCACUGUGCAUACUGAGGAAAUUGUGCUUUAAACAAGGAGCUUUCUCCGAAACGAGUCAGCAAUAAAUAUAAUUGAAGGGAAUUAAGCUGCCGUCCUCAACCUGCUUUUACAAUUGUUGCUUCUUUAUUUCAUAUGAAUGCUGUCACACAUUGCAACACAGCCAAAUGAUAUCAUGUACCCCCUGCCAUAGCUAUAUGUAAGAAGACAAAAAACCCUGUGAGGAAAAAGCAUUUUAACUUGAAAUAUGGAGCUCAUGUAUUUCAUAUGAAAUGGAUACACAGUGAUACUGCAGGAAUAAAAGGCAGAUAUACAAGAACAUGCUGUGUGUCUUUGUUGAGUCCCUCCGGCACAUUGUGCACCAAAAAGCACACCAUAAUCAUCCACAUGCAACAUAGGCCUACAUGUGGCGAUCAAAAGUAAGUUAAAUUCAGAGGUUUGUUCAGGAGAUACAUUCUGGCCACAUGAUGUACAGCAUAUAUUUUACAGGGGGAAAAAAGAUUAGGUCCCUGAGAUAUGUGUAUGCAAUAACACACCACCGAAGACUAUAGACCAUAACGCAUCACUGCCCAAUGAAAAAUUGUUGAUCAAUGCACACCUCCUAACCCUUCAACCCCCCCCCCACCGUUAGGCGCUGGCAGAGCAGGUGUGUUUGGUCAUGAGGGUGCAGAUGUUCUGUCCGCAGCCCCAGCACGGGUGCAGCGUGUGUGUGUGAUAUGGUGUGGUCUUCCUCCUGCACAGGGUACACACACCCCCAGCCACCGCAACCUGCCUGUCUCCACCCCUUCCAGCCCUAGCCUGCUUCUGUGAUACCAGCUGCUUUAGCUCAGCCAGGAUGGUGGGGUUGGGUGCAAUGGCGAUGCCGGUGACCUCGACACGCUGGGGGUCAAACACACAAUCCUCCUCCAGGCCACUGGGCACGGAGAGCAUGCCACAGUUGGGGGGCACCCAUGCCGUGUCGUACCCCGCUGCGUUCCAGCUCUUCUGCAUAGGGUGGUUGUCUUUGUCGAUGCGUUUCACGCGGCCAGCAUUGACACGCAGCUGCAGCACCACACGGUCGGAGGCAUUGGCUUUUAGCGGGUAGCGCUUGGCCUUGCACUUGUUGCGGCUCACGUACACACCUGGGCCUAGCAUGCCAUCAGGGGACUGGCGGAAACCAUUGGUGAUGAUGAGCCGAGCAGUCUGGACAUUGGUGCCAUGGUACAUAGUGUAGGCACCCCCCUUUUGAGGCUCCUGCUCCGCCCCCAGUUCCAACACCAGGGAUUCGUCAUCGUACACCACGUCCCAGCCAAAGAACGCCACCGACAUCCUAUAAUUAAAUUCAUUGGACAGUCAAAACAAAAUAUUCUUCAGGGUGUAUAUGGGAGCCAAAAAUAACUUCCAAUUAAUGGAACGGUGUAAAAUGAUUUGAGUUGGCUGCUAAGUGUAGGCCUACUUCCUGGCAUUGGUGUAAAGUGCUUUAAAAUGGCAAUAUGUAACUUUUUGCGCGACCGGACCAAAUUCACAUAGAAACGUUAGUUAUAGAUCUAUCAUUCUACUUGCAAGUCUACUUGCAAGUCUAAAGUGAUAUAUCUGUUCUAUGUGCACUAUUUCUAUGCUUCCCGUUGUUAAGUUUUGUUAACUUUUUUUUUUACUUUCGGUUUUGUACACCAGCUUCAAACAGCUGAAACAACAAUAUUUUUGGUUAUGGAAAAUAUACUUCACAGCGGUUUAGAUGGUACAAUGAUUCUCUACACUAUACUAGCUUAUUUUGUCACAUAAAGUGAAAUUAGGCAAACAAUUAGAGUUUUAGCAACCAAGAAAUGGCGGAGCGAUUUCUGCAUAGUGCAACUUUAAGUACAAAUACUUUAAAGUACUACUUAAGUAGUUGUUUUGGGUUUUUGUACUUUACUAUUUAUAUUUUUGACAACUUUUACUUUUACUUUUACUCCACUACAUUCCUAAAGAAAAUAAUGUACUUUUUACUCCAUACAUUUUCCCUGACACCCAAAAGUACUCGUUACAUUUCGAACGCUUCCUUAGCAGGCUGGGAAAAUGGUCCAAUUCACACACUUAACAAGAUAAUGUACCUGGUCAUCCCUACUGCCUCUGAUCUGGCAGACUCACCAAACACAAAUUGUUUUUUUUUGUAAAUUAUGUCUGAGUGUUGGAGUGUGCCCCUGGCUACCCAUACAUUUUUAAAACAAACAAAUCUGGUUUGCUUAAUAUAAGGAAUGUGAAAUGAUUUAUAUGUUUACUUUUGCUUUUGAUAACUAAGUAUAUUUGAGCAAUUACAUGUACUUUUGAUACUUAAGUAUAUUUAAAACCAAAUACUUUUAGCCUUUUAAUCAAGUAGUAUUUUACUGGGUGACUUUCAAUUUUACUUAAGUCAUUUUCUAUUAGUGUUAAUAUGUAACUUUUUGGCCAACGACCAAAUUCACAUAGAAAUGUGAGUUAUAGAUCUAUAAUUCUACUUGAAAACAAGUCUAAAGUGGUAGAUAUGUUCUAUGUGCGUUAUUUCUAUGCUUCACGUUCUUAAGUUUUGUUUUUGCGUCUUGUACUUUCGAUUUUGUACACCAGCUUCAAACAGCUGAAACAACAAUAUUUUAGGUUAUUGAAAAUAUAUCUCACAGCGGUUUAGAUGGUACAAUGAUUAUCUACACUAUACUGGCUAUAAUGUCAUAUUUAUAAUGUCAUAUUUCAUUUAUGACUUAUACAUAGCUGCUAAACAUGGAACUGUAUGGACCGCAGACAAAACUAAACACAAUGGCAUAACCAUAACAGACAGAAACAAAAUAAAACAGACAAGAAAUUGCUUUCCAAAUUAGUAUUACAUGAAUAUUAGUGUUUUUCUUACCUGUACAGCAAUGCGUCCGCGAAGUGAAUCGGUCAACCUGAGCAAUUCUACUUUCGUUUUCUGUAUAACAAAAUGUAAAGUAGCCUAGGCUAACGAAAUAGCACUACGUUAUAAAAACAGCUAAAACGGGAACGUGCCGCAUUAAUAGACCUAGACGCAGUACAGACCACAGAAUUGGGCCUAUAUCUUAGACCUCGUAAUGCAGACGAUUCCCAUAGAGAAUUCCUCUAUAAUUAAUUAUUGCAACAGUUGCAAGUUCAACUCGGCAACUGUAACAACUUGGAGGACACUUAUG